CAAUAGGGACAAACUUAGAUGUGAAUGUUUGGGGGCUAAAAAAUCAAAGAGUAUUAGUCUUUUUAUUGUUACUGGUAAGAGAAGCAAGUUACCUGAGAGGAAGUAUCAAGGGUAAAUACUAAGGUCACCAGCUUCCCCACUGUUAAAGGCAAAAGAAAGGAGUUAUCCCAGUGACGGGUCUGAAUGACUACUCCAGGAAAGAAUUUAACUAGAGGAGCUCCUGCUCAGGGCCCAUGCGGGAGAACUUUUAGGAGCACUGGAAGCACGGUGAGCAAGAGACGGCUUCAGUUUGGUUUCUCUGCAUGUUCACAUGUUACAUUAUCCUUGCUCUCGAUGCAUUCUUGAUUUCAGAAUUUAUUCCCUAUAUAUUUCAAGUGUAAAUGGAGUCACCCCCCAAAGGGGUCGAAGUAUUUCUCACUUUUGUCAUUUAUUUUUCAUUUUAUUUUAUCUUUGGAUGCAUGAAAGCCUACGCUGAGAACGUCUCUUUUAGGUUUUACCAACAAAGAGUCACUUUUACCCCCAUAGAAACUGCAAGGUUUGAAUCCAACCCAGAGGUCCAUCCUUCUCUAACCCUGGAAAGGAUUUUUGACUUGAAACUGUCAGAGACCUCAGACCAAUCCAGGAGAGAGAAAAGAGGUGCUUGGGUUCCUACUGUUGGGAGGAGCUUGUGAGCCCCGCCCAAGGGGCCUCAGGGUAAAGGGGCCACUCAGAGCAAAAGAGAGGAACUGGGGUUUUUGUGAACAUUGUGGCUUUGUCUGUUUCCUGUUUCAGCAAGGCUGCUGGGCAAAAAGACAGAAACAAGUAAGGAAAUGCUCAGGGGGUCCAGAGUCACGGAUUGAGAGCUUACACUCACCCAGCUGCUUCUGUCUUGCUCCAUCUGACACCAGAGCCAAGAUCUAUCCAGGAGCUGGGAUGCUUUCCUGAGCUACUUGGGCUGGAGCCUGGGACCCAGAGAUCCAAGCAGCUAUUCCAGGAACUGGAAGCCAAGCACAACAGGUGCUCGGAGGUCAUCAUGAUCAGUCGAGAUCCCAGGCCCUGCCCUGGCUUGGCCCGGUGGGCUGAGAGCUAUGAGGCUAAGUGGGAGCGCCGGCAGGAGACCCGGGAGAGCCGCCGCUGCCGCCCCAACAUGACCACUUGCCGCCAGGUGGGGAAGGCGCUGAGAAUCCAACAGAGAGAGCAGCUCCAGAGAGCUCGACAGCAGCAAUUCUUCAAGAGGAGAAAUCUGGAGCUGGAGGAGCAAGGCAAGACACAGCGUCCCCAGGCCAGGGAGCCGGGUCCCUCCAGGAGGCCAGGCCAGGAGACGGUCAGGGAACCCUUAUCUUGUGCCAACAAGAUUUCUUCUCCAGGACAGCAGGUACCUGGGACCAACUGUGAGACCUUUCCAACCCAACAUCAUUCUCCUUCAGGAGUCCAGAGAGAUCUGGCUGACCACCUCUCUUCACAGGCUGGGGGCCUUCCAACACAGGACUCUCCCACCAAGAACCCACCCAAACACCACCGUGGUACUCAGACAAAAACAGAAGAAGGACAACCAACAAUUAAGAACGAUGCCAGUCAACAAACUAAUUAUGGAGUUGCAGUUCUGGAUAAGGAAAUCAUCCAGCUUUCUGAGUACCUCAAAGAGGCCCUACAAAGGGAGCUGGUCCUAAAACAGAAAAUGGUGAUUCUCCAAGACCUACUGUCCACCCUGAUCAGGGCUUCUGACAGCUCUUGGAAGGGACAACUUAAUGAAGACAAGUUGAAGAGCAAACUGAGAUCUUUAGAAAACCAGCUGUACACCUGUACACAGAAAUACUCCCCUUGGGGGAUGAAAAAGGUGCUACUGGAAAUGGAAGACCAGAAAAACAGCUAUGAGCAGAAAGCUAAGGAGUCCCUGCAGAAAGUGCUGGAAGAGAAAAUAAGUGCAGAGCAGCAGCUGCAGAGCACCCAGAGGUCCUUGGCCUUGGCAGAACAGAAAUGUGAAGAAUGGAGGAGUCAGUAUGAGGCUCUGAAGGAGGACUGGAGGACCCUAGGAACCCAGCAUAGAGAGCUGGAGAGCCAACUCCAUGUGCUGCAGUCCAAACUGCAGGGAGCAGACAGCAGAGAUUUACAGAUGAACCAGGCCUUGAGACUUUUGGAGAAUGAGCACCAGGAACUACAGGCCAAGAUUGAACUCCUGCAAGGAGACAGAGACCGGGGCAGUUUGAAUACUCAGGAUCUACAAGGUGUGCUUCAGAAUCAAUCCUUACAGCUUCAAGAACAGGAGAAACGUUUAACAAAGAAAGAUCAGGCUUUGCCUGUGUGGAGUCCAAAGCCCUCUCAUAACGAAGUGGAACCUGAGGGUACAGGGAAGGAAAAAGACUGGGAUCUCAGAGACCAGCUGCAAAAGAAGACUUUGCAGCUCCAGGCCAAGGAAAAGAAGUGCAGAGAACUGUAUUCAGAGUUAGACAACCUCCGCGACGAGUACCUCUCCUGCCGGCAUAAGCUGCAACUCUGUCGAGAAGAGCUGAACCAGGGCCGGCAGCCGCCUCCCAGAGGGCGAUGUGGCCCAUGGCUCCAGUUACUGAUGGUGGUGAUUGCCACAGUGCUGGCAGUGUUCCUGGCCAACAAAGACAACUUGAUGAUCUGAAUAACUUGUGACAGUUGCCUCGGGUAAAGCUUAGAAAUAAGGAACUCAGUGAAAAAUUAAGGUUUGGGUACUUUACAGCUUUGGCUUUUCCCUCAACUGAAAUGAAAUUUGUUAUUAUUUUUUACAUCUACUGUAAAUAAACUUCACCUGACCUGACUGUUCCUCAUAA